AUGGGCGAUACCAUGGAGAAGAACCUCGCCGACGCGACCGAGCAGGAGAAGGAGGCCAUCAAGACGUACGAGAGCCUGAUGGUGGCCAAGAAGAGGGAGCUGGAGGCACUCACGUCCUCCAUCGAGUCCAAGACCAAGAAGAUCGGGGAGCUCAACGUUGCGGUCGUGGAGAUGAAGGCCGAUUUGGCAGACACGGCGGACUCCCUCACCGAGGACCAGGCGUUCGCGAAGGAGCUGGAGAAGGGCUGUUCCACCAAGUCGGCCGAGUGGGCGGAGAGGCAGAAGACGCGCAGCGAGGAGCUGCUCGCGAUCUCCGACACGAUCAAGACUCUCAACGAGGGGACGACGACGCGCUCGAGCUCUUCAAGAAGACCCUCCCGUCUGCAAGCGCCAGCAGCUUUGUACAGAUCCAGGUAA